CAAGGAGAUUUGGCCCUGGCCUAAAUGACAACCGAUCUGCAGUUUGCAAACCUGCUGUUGACAGAGUGCCACUAGCUGCCAGGUGCACCAGGAGGAUCCUGGUGUCUUUCCUUUUGACUGAACUCCUGUCGUUACUUUUGGAUUUAAGCUUCAGAAAAUUAAGGAGGAAAUGUCAGGAGUUGCUAAAGAGCGUCUUGAGAGGUAUUUAGAGGGGAGGGAAGAGAAGUUGUCACCAGUGGAGGCAGUCAAAGUGGAGAUCCGAGGAGGCAAGAUGCUCUUCCUACCAGCUCUCAUCCUGCUCUCUGGUGUCCUCUGUGGUGCCUCAGCGGUGGAUCCCGUUCCCACCUAUGAGCACCAAGACCGGAGGAAAAUCCUCCAGUGCAACAAGUGUCCGCCAGGCACUCACAUGGUCGCUCACUGCACUGCCACCAGCCCCACCCAGUGCUCUCCGUGCGGACCGGACCACUUCACCGAGCUGUGGAACUACCUGCCCAAGUGUCUGUACUGCAGCAACCUAUGCUCUGAGAACCAGGAGGUGGAGAAGGAGUGCUCCCCGACCAGCGACAGGGUGUGUCGGUGCAAAGAGGGCUUCUACGCCAUUGACGACUUCUGUUUCCCACACUCAGAGUGUGGCCCCGGGCAGGGAGUCCUAACCAAAGGUACACUGCAAAAAGACACUGUUUGUGAGUACUGCCUCGAUGGCUAUUUUUCCAACUCAUCUUCGGCGUCGGAUUUGUGCGUAAAACACCAGGAAUGCUCAAGCACACAGUCUGUGCUCCUCCACGGCUCAGUGUACCACGACACAGUGUGUGGCUCCUGUGAAGAUCUUGCAAACGGAGGUGAAACGCUCAUGACAUUCAUGUCAGCAUUCUUUGGUGCACGCAGGAUGCGUCCAGGAAGAAAGCAUAUGUUUGGCAAUAUGUACGUGCCUGAGUCGGGAGAAGAGAGGCCCACCACUCUUCCCAAACAGAGAGGUCCCCUCCUGGAUCACAUCCGAAGGUGGCUGGCCAGAGCUCAAGAGGAACAGCUGAGAAACCUGCCAGAGAGGGUUUCGAAGCUCAACACCAUGGCAGAAAAACUAGAGAAGAGAUUCAGCGAGAUUGAGCAGAGGAUCCCAAACUGUACCUUAAGCAUCUGAUGCACUCCAAACGCUUGCAGAAUCCUUAAUAUAUAUUUGAGUAUGCCUCUUUUUGAUUUUAGAAAGUGAUAGAGCAUCUUCUUUUCUCAUUAUUUUAGUCUGCAUGUUAUUUGUUUUUUGCACUCAUUACAAGCAGUGCACAUUACACAGGUUGAGGUGACCAUAAGUGCAUAUGAAUUUUUAUACUAAAUGAAGACUCAACAAGACAUUAAACAAAGUGUGUUAUGGUAUUGUUGCAACUGUUUUUGUAUCACAUUGACAAUAUUAGGUGGUGCAUCGAAACCUUGCAUGAUGAAAAAAAUGUAUUAUAUUAUAUUAUAUUAUAUUAUAUUAUAUUAUAUUAUAUUAUAUUAUAUUAUAUUAUAUUAUAUUAUAUUAUAUUAUAUUAUACAGAUGUCAGGAGUUAUAUGCAAAUAGUGUCAUUUAAUACUGAAAUAUUUAAUCUGCCAAGCUAAUCUAAAAAAAAACAAAGCAAACCAAGCUGUUAUUUCAAGAAAUCGCCACACGAUGUCGCCCCUCUCUGUUGAACUCUGGGGCCAGUCUAAAUCAAAUAAUAUAAACUACUUUUCCUAAAUAGAAUAGCGAAAGAAAGUUGUAUCGUGUCUCUUUUAACUAAAUAAUAAAGACUAUGAUAUUAA